AUGUCCGUCUCUCCGGUUCCUUACCUCGUUCUCAAGACCAUUUUGUCCUAUGUUCCAGUCAAGAACAGGUAACUUUCCAUGGAACUUCGCAAAUUCGUUCUAUUUUUUCUAGAAAAUUGCUCGCUCGACGGAUUCCCCGAAUCCGAUCGAUCGAUAAUACCAUUCCGUAUCGAGUGGGAACGGUCGAGAUCAGCUACGAUGAGGCCACGUCCUCUGGCCGUGUCUGGAUCGACGGAACGAUUCUCACGUACAAAGUGGUUGCGUACCACUGGCUUAAAGUGACAACGUGCAAAGGAGUGUCGUUCGAGAUGGAUUCCGACGUUCUGGGACGGUGUUUGGAGCACUAUCUGAACAGGCCGAACCUCAGAAUCGAUAGGCUCACUCUGAACGUGAGUGACAGUGGGGGAUAUUUCAGAGCUAUGUAUCUCAGCUGUCUGUAGAGAUAUCGAAAAGUUGUCAAGUGAUAAAAUGUUUAGAAUUUCUCAAUGAGCAUUUUAUCAGUUGACAAUCUUUUGAUAUCUCUCUAGCCAGCUGAGUUAUAUCGUCUUUAGGGAUGCAGAACAGGCGCCUGUUAUCCCGUUUUGCAUCCCUAAUCGUCUUAAAUGAACGGUAUCGGGGUGCUCUUCUAUUACGGUAACCCAACCGUACUCCAGACGAACACCGAUAAUCUUGCCAAGUCAUGAUCCGAUACGAUUGCAGAAAGCAAAAUGGCCGUGCGUACCGUUCUUCCCGCAGAACGUCGGAUCGCUGAAGAUCGUGAGCGUAGAGGGAAUGACCCUCCAGCUGAUACAAUUCAAAAACCGAUCAUUCGAGAGGGUGAUCGUGGAGAACCAGUUCAAAAGGACGGAAGUUUUCAGUGCUCCAAUGGUGAGCUCACACAAAUCGGCGCAAUCCAUUCAAAUGAGCAUUUUCAGGUGUACCAGGCCAAACAAUUGCUGGUGAAUUCUGUGGAGAUCUGGAGUUCCAGCCUGUUGGACAUGCCGAUGCACAAUGUGACCAUCCGCGAGAGACUGUCCAAUUCCGGCGCGUUCGUCGUCUUCUGCGAAAAGAUUCGCACGUCCGAAACGGUUUGCGUCGGAAGUUCGUACACGGGCAUUUUCGUGACGAGAGUAAAUGUGUGGAGGGAAAUGAAGAGACGAUGGGAAACCAGGAAAACAAUGUGGAACGGAAAGUGAGUUCGGAAGGGAAAAGGAAGGAUUCAGAAGAGAAAUUGCAGAAAAACACGGACUGUCGAGAUGGAAAACGACCGGGAAAUGGUCAUUUAUCGGGAACAAAAUGAAAAGGCGCUGAGCAGCAAAAGACUUUUCACCGCCAGAGUACUCCAGAAGGGCACUUCUACCGAAAGGAGAGGAGUCCUCCGCAAUCUUUUCUCCAGACCAUGGGCCCACAUUUUUAUUAAUCAGUAA